UUGUUUUGCAGCUCACAAGGCGGCAGCUACAAGCUACCGCUGUAGAGUGUAGAGUACUGUAUGUUACACAAGGUUCCAGGUGCCAGGGCGACGUCGUCAACCGAAGCCGAGGGUAGCUCCGAUCCUGAGAAUGGAGCCCACCACCAUGGUCGCUCGACGAUCCGUGGCGUUCGUCAUACUCCUCAUCGCCGUGGCCGCUCGAGCGGUUUUUGCCAUCACCGAAGGCCUGCUACCAAACGGUCAUUUUGAGCAAGGACCAGCCAAGUCGGAGAUGAACGGCACCAGGGUGCUAGGCCGCUACUCCAUACCGCACUGGGAGAUUUCAGGGUUCCUGGAGUACAUCGAGUCCGGCCAGAAACAGGACGACAUGCUCCUCCAGGUCCCGGAAGGCGAGCGCGCCGUGCGGCUGGGCAACGACGCCACCAUCCAGCAGCAGCUAGCAGUGACCCGGCACACGUACUACUCCAUCACCUUCUCCGCGUCGCGCACCUGCGCCCAGGCCGAGAAGCUGAACGUGUCGGUCACCCCGGAGUCCGGCGUCCUCCCCAUCCAGACGGUGUACACCAGCAGCGGCUGGGACUCCUACUCCUGGGCCUUCAAGGCCAGGCACAGCACCGUGUGGCUCUCCAUCCACAACCCCGGCCACGAGGAGAACCCGGCGUGCGGCCCCCUCAUCGACCGCGUCGCCGUCAAGACCCUCCGCUCUCCCCAUCACGUCAAGACAGACAACAUGUUGAGGAACGGGGACUUCGAGGACGGGCCCUACAUCUUCGCGGACACGCCGUGGGGCGUGCUGGUUCCGCCGAUCACGGAGGACGAGCACUCGCCGCUGCCUGGGUGGAUGAUCAUGUCGGACACCAAGGUCGUCAAGUACGUGGACGCGCCGCACCACGCGGUGCCGCGCGGCGCGGGCGCCGUGGAGCUGGUCGCCGGCAGGGAGUGCGCGCUGGUGCAGGAGGUGCGCACCGUGCCCCGCCGCUCGUACAAGCUGUCCUUCGCCGUCGGGGACGCGGCCAACGGGUGCGAAGGGAACCUGGCCGUGGACGUGUCCGCGGGGCGCGCCGCGAAGCUGAACGUGCCGUACGAGUCCCACGGCACGGGCGGGUACAAGCGCGCCGAGCUCGAGUUCGUGGCGACCGACAAUCUGACGCGCGUCGUGUUCCAGAGCGCCAACCACUACACCAAGUCGGACGCGACGCUCUGCGGCCCCAUCAUCGAUGAUGUUCGGCUCGUCCCCGUGCACGCCCGCCGGCGGCGUAUGUAGAGGGCAUAGUAGAGUUUGUUUGGAAGAGUUUUAGUUUUCAAAACAUUAAUCUAGAGUACGUAUCAGCUUCACCAUGGAGGAGUUAUCUACCAUCUAGGCUUCCAACAUGGAACUGACAAGCCCUUUUGGUUUGCAGCGCAAUUGUGCGAAAUGGUGAAAUGCUGAUAAUAUGUCACUGUUGCAUUAAGUUUUUUUUUUCAAAUGGACAAAUAUCGUUUUUAGACGCUGUUUA